GUGCCUGCGAGACUUACCAACCGGAAUACCAAAUUCAUUGUUGGCAAUGGCGCUCUCAGUUCUUGAGGUGGGAAGACACAGCACAACUUGGGCAAGCACAUGGUCUUAAACUGGAUCCUACUACCCUUGAUUCAGACGUUAGAGAUACCUUCUUUUGAUGCUGAACAUCAAGACCAGUUCUCGUGGAACCUCUGGCUUCAUUCCCGGCUGCAAUGGACUUCUUCAGAGAUGGAACCGUGUACAUCCCUCAAUGCGCCUGGCCAUCUCCAGGACAUAUUCAUCUGCUAUGCAGAAUGUCCAAUCAGCCAGCGAAGUCAGUCUGUCUGGCAGGGGACCCAUGCCACGACCUUCGAGUGCUCACAGGAGAGAAGGAGAUUGUGACUUGGUUCGAUGAGACUGGCAGGCGUUGCUGCAUGCAUGUUGACAUACCAGGAUCGAGGGAGACCCUGGCUCGGGUAUGUGCUGCUUCGAGAGAUGGGUUCCCAAUCGAGGUGAGGAUCGUUCAGCUAUGGUUGAAGUAGUCUUCGCACAUGAUAUUGAGUGGGAUCACUUCGUCCAGAUGAAAGGAAGGUUCUGGCCAGGCAGCUUGUAG